UGAGAGAGUCAUCACAACGCCACACCACAAGAUGGGCCGCAUUUUCGCUGUGCACAAGCUCUCAACCGCCACCUCCUUCAUACCCACAAAACACAACCAGCGCUGACAUGACGACACGGCCGUGUCGUGGGCUGCCUCUGGCGUGCAUGGCUUGGGCUGCUGUGGCGCUGGUGGCGGUUGUUGCUGGCACUGCUCAGUUUCCAAUUGCGCACGCAAGCGCUGGAGAGACUGGCGUGGAACAGUGCAGUGACGCGUCAGACAGUUGCUCUGGUAGCAAGCCCAGUGUACGGGACACAAAUGUGUUCUUGCAGGUUGGGGAUGCGAUUGAAGCAGCCGAUGCUGCCAGGAACGCUACCCCUUGGUGGGCCAACAUGACGGGCAAGGCACAGCUACACUUGCACUUUGCUACCCCCAUCUAUCGCACCAACAUUCACAAGUACACGGACCCAGACGUCGUCAACCACAUCAACCAGGCCCUGGCGGAUGUCAUUGUGGAUCGGUGGAACACCUACGUUGACUCGUUGGACCUGGCCAAGAACGUCAACAUGGACCGUCGCACCUACAACGAGGUGAACAACGGGUUUUACGAACGGCAAUUCAACAUGCUGGAAGGGCUGCGAGAGAUGAACAUCCUCAAAUCGUUCUGGGACAUUAACGUGGCCAAGUUCAUCGGCAACCUGCCUGGCGAUGAGCCCGACAAGCUCGCCUUUCCUUCCUACAUCAACCCAAGCGGCGGGAAUUCGUACGCGUACUGGGCGACGGUGAGCAAGUGGGGCAUCGACCACCAAGCGCACGUCCACUUUGGCAGCGCGGUGAGCGGCGUGUACUACGUUCGCACGCCUGCUCUCUCUGGCGAGCUCAAGUUCCCGGACCCGCGCGGGUUCCCCAAGUUCCCCUUUGAGCGCGCACAUUAUAUGGCACCUGUUGCCGGCGAUCUUGUGCUGUUCCCUGGCUGGAUGCCGCACACUGUCUUGCCCACCGCAGGCAAAGAGCCCCGCGUGGCCAUUGCCUUUAACCUCCAGGCACCACCGGAAGCAUGGCAUGACACAAUCUUUGUGCACACUAUGCAAGAGCUGGAGUAAUGCUGCUGCUCGUUUGCAUUCACAUGUGGCGUGGUAUGUGUUACGUUCCGUCAUGUGACGUUCCCGACUGUUGCAUCUCCCAAUCGUCACACCUUUUGUUUGUUCUUCUUUCAUGUGUUACAGCAGAAGACGUGUCCCUUUCCCCUUUACGACCGCACACACACACACACACACACACACACGCAC